AAAAACUACAAAAAUAUCGUAAAUGAAAAAAAGAUUUUAAAUUGAACAAGUGAAUAGAAAUUGUAACGAAAAAUUGCAAAACAGCAGAAGAGAACGAAAGACAAAACAACAAUAGCACAAAAAUCGUGAAAAUAAUCGAAAAAUUAAAAUCAAAAUGGUGGAAAAUCGAAAAUUGUUUUAUGCAAUUAGUUUGAUGUUAUUGACUUGCUGUCAAAUUAUUACAAUGUUGCCACAUAAUGCAGCAAGUAGUGAGAGUAGUAGUAUAACAAUAGCAGCAACAACAAGCACAAAUAAUAGCCAUAAUAGUGAAAACAAUAAUGCUGAAAUGCUGCAGCAUGGCAAUAGCAACAAUGGCAAACACAACAACAGCAACAAAAACGAUAGCGAUUUUUUAAUAAUAGUGGCGGAAAGAAAACAAGAACAACCAACAAUAGUUUCGAGUGAGGGUGUAUGGGAAACCCAGGAGGAGAAUGAUUCUAGACCAACAGACAAUAUUGAUGAUUUGAUUUUUCUCGACAAACGACCAAUUAACCAACAUCAUCAGCACGAAAAACAGAUGCACCAUCACCACCAUGCGCCACAUCAGCUACACCAGCAGCAACCAAAUGAACCAAAUCAUUUUGAAUUUCAUCAUAUAACCAUGGUGGAUGGCGGCAGUAGCAAUAGUAAUACCCAAAGCAACAGCGAUGAAGAUACAGAUUCAUUAACAGAUGCAACAUACUCCACAAUGAUUGUUGUCGAUGAGGAUGCUGAUGACGAUGACGACGACGAUGAUGGUAUACCACAUGAAAUUGAAUUACAACCCGAUAUCAAUGAGGAGGUCACUCCUCUCCAUGUAACACCCUUGGAUUUAAGUGAUUUUCUAUCAUUAAUACCCGCUACUAAAGUUAAAACAAUUGUUAACCAUUAUUACCACAACGAUCCGGAAGUUCAACGUGCCCACGCCUUUAUGUCUAGUCGUGAUUUUUUUAUGCUGAAACAGCACAUAAUUGCUGUACCGGAAAUGUCAGCAUUUUUACGUUAUUUAAAUAAUAGUGGCUUAGAUUUAGUCAAAUUUGUCACAGCUUUAACAAAUUUAACCUCAUAUGAGGCCGCGAACACAGUCACAACAACGAAUUCAACGGUAGAUCUCAAUGAAGCAACAGCAGCAGAAGCAGCAAUAACUACUGCAGCAGCAUCAGCCAUAGAACAAACAACGAUAAUUUCUACAGAAAAUACUGUUAUAUACAAUAACAUAGAAUAUGCACAGAAACAAAGUAAUAAAAUAACACCGACGAUAUCAAAUAUUGAAAUCCAAAUUACAACAAGCCCGCCAACAACAACUACAACAACAGCAUGGCCAGCAAUAACAAUGGAGGGUAUAGAAACAACAACAGCAAAAGAACAACUAAAUGGUUUACAUGGAUUAGUCGAUAGUGUUUUGGACGUAUUGCCACAGGAUCAAAUACUGGCAACGUUCUUUGAUAAACUCGAAGCCAAUGAACAAUUUUCAAAACUAGUCGAUAAUAUUGGCAGUCCAGAAUUUGCCAAAGUAUUAAACAACAUGCAGAACUCAGUGCCUUUAAGAAACCUAAUAUUUACACUGCACAAUAAUGGUAUCUAUGUCAUAAGAAUUGUUGACUCUUUAAAAUCGUAUUUUUUCCUGGGAGGAUUUUAAAUGACAAUAUAUAAACGCCAACAACCAACAACCUUUUAAUAGAAACGAAAUAAAAAACCAAAUAUGAAAAACACAAAAACAUUAAAACCAAGAAAAGGAUACUACAAGCCGUAAGAAAAGGAGGAGUAAACACAACCAAGGAGCAGUAAAAAAUAAUAAUACUUAUAAAUGUGUCAUAAAAUAACUCAAGUCAAUAAAAGGUCAAAUGUAAAGCAGUGACUGUAAAUGAAUCUUAGCACAAACCUACAUACAUACACUUACAUUAAUACAUAUACAAACUCCUAAACACAUACAAACAUAAACAUGCACAAAUACAAUAACAACAAUAAUAAAAAUAAACACAUUGAAAACUUCAUUCAUAUAUUAUGUAUGAACAGUUUA